AUGUCCUUCGUCAUCGCAGGCAGUGUGCCAUGGCAUGAGGGCGAGGAGAAAAUGCACAAACUGAUGCAUGUGCCCGAAAAUGAGAACCCCAAUGCUCCAUACCUCAGUCCUGGUGCCGCUUAUUUAGUGCAGAAGUCACCGUUAAUCGCCCUAGGCACCAUAGACAAGCAAGGACAACCGUGGACUACACUAUGGGGUGGCGAAGCUGGUUUCGCUGGACCUAUCUCGCAAUCCAUCAUUGGGAUCAGCAAUUUGGUCGAUAAGUCGUAUGACCCUGUUGUGGGAACGCUUUUUGGUGGUAAAGUUAAUGGAGAAUUGAUUAAGGAGGAAUGUGAGGGCCGUUUAAUGUCUGGUUUAUCCGUGGAUAUGGAGAACAGGAAGCGGGCUAAAUUGAUCGGGAGGAUGGUGUCAGGAUCUCUAGCGGGACUGCAAGCUAUGAAUCCAGAUGAGAAAGGCAAGGAACCCAGACAUGCUGGUCAGGCACAGCUGGCCAUGAAAAUUGAUCAGAGUAUUGGAAACUGCCCAAAAUAUAUAAAUCGAAAACACAUUAUCCCUACAGUACCGGACCCUAAAUUGAUAUCAGACUCUAAACAACUUUCCCCUGGUGCGGUCGAACUUCUGGCUAAGGCUGACACAUUUUUUAUUUCAUCAUAUCAUAAAGACUCUAUGGAUACCAAUAUCCGCGGAGGCCCGCGUGGUUUUGUCCGUAUAGUCUCCAACGAAGUUAGUGGGGCCGUGCUGGCUUACCCUGAGUACUCGGGAAAUCGUCUGUAUCAAACUCUGGGCAACCUACAAACCACCCCGGUUGCGGGGUAUGUCAUCCCAGACUUUGAAACUGGCAACGUUCUCUAUCUCACAGGCAAAACGGAAAUCUUGAUUGGGAGCGAUGCAAUUGCCCUCCUCCCAAGAUCAAACCUUGCAGUCAAGGCUACAAUAUUGGAAGCAAAAUACGUUGAAAACGGACUCCCAUUUCGCGGCCAACCCGGCGAUCCAUCUCCAUACAACCCGCGGGUACGGUAUCUAACAACUGAGAAAGUGGUGCCGUCUGCCCAGGUAUCAGAUGAGAGAUCAACUGUCGCCACUUUCAUCAGAAAGGACAUCAUCACUCCCUCCAUUGGUCGAUUCCGAUUCAAGGUCUCUGACCCCUCAAAGUCCGGGAAGUGGACACCGGGCCAGUACGCCACACUGUCAUUUGCAGGGGAACUCGAUAUGGGAUACAGCCAUAUGAAGGAUGACGAUCCCACAAGCCUCAAUGACGAUUACAUUCGCACUUUCACCGUAUCGUCAUACCCGGGCAGGAACCUCGCUGAUGACGAAUUCGAAAUUAUAGUGAGGAAGAAAGGGGCCGCUACCAGCCAUCUCUUCCGAUCGGGCGAGCGGAGCGGGGUCGAAGUGUUGCUUAAGGGGUAUGGUGGCGAGUUCAGAUUCGAGGAUAAAACUACGGAUAAGAAUGUGCCUCUUCCAUACAUUGCCGGUGGGAUAGGGAUCACUCCACUUAUUGCACAGCUUCCGGGUAUAGAUAUAUCCCGAUUACGACUAUUUUGGUCUGUUGCCGUUCAGGACCUUGGACUGGUGCUCGACACCUUUAAAUUAUUUCCCAAACUACCAAAAUCUACCGCUCUCUUCAUAACUAGAUCUGAACAGGCUGAGAAGCCACUUACCGAUGAGCAACAAAAUACCUUGACAGCUAUACACGGCUCCGAUGUACAACAAGUUCAUCGCCGGCGACUGGAAGCGGCGGAUUUGGAUGUCCCCGGGGCGGAGGAAUGGUAUUUGUGUGCAGGUACCGGCCUAAAGACUGCUGCGCUGAAUUGGCUUACAGGGAAGAAUGUUGUUUACGAGGAUUUUAAUUACUGA